UGGAAAUCAAAAAUCAAAAAUACUUGUUCGCUUUUGCUUUUGCUUUUGCUUGUUCGCUGUUUGUCUGUUAUUUAUUAUUUAUAUUUAUUUCGCAAUUCCUCGCCCUCCCUCCUCAGCGACAAGCUGCUAUAUUGUCAUAGCCAUUCGUUCCACCCACCCGCCUACCAACUGCCGGCUGCUGACUACCAACUGCCAGCUGUCGCGAAAACAAAUUGAAUUUGCUCUGCUCUGCAUUAUUUUGCACGCAUACAACUAGCAGCAGCAUAUACCAAAAGCGCACACACACACAGCGCCUCCAGCGAAACACGGUUGAUUUAUUUACUUUAGCGGCGAUAAUGUUAUCGUCGGAUAGUGAGCACGACGAAUUUCCAAAUGCGCGUAAAUCGCUGCUGCAAAGCAAUGACGAAGGCACACAUGCGGUAGAACUGGGCACAGCUCUAAUGUCUGGUGCCACACCGCCGGUCGAUACACACGCGGCGUGUGCCUGGGGCGCAUGCGCCAACGAUUUCAGCUCCUACCACCAGCUUGCAGCGCACCUCUCCAAAGACCAUAUCGGUCUCGACCAGUGCCAAACGCUUGCUUGCAAGUGGAGGGGGUGUGCGCUUGAAGCAACGCCAAUGCGCAGCCGAUACCAUCUCAUUACACAUUUAGUCAAGCACACUGGCAGCCGCUCGUUUCUGUGCCCCUUCGACGCCUGCGGCAAAGUCUACAAGCGCACGGAUUUCCUGAGAAGGCAUAUCAAUACGCAUAUGUCAGCUGCAGAGCAGGCCGAAAGCAUCGACGCUGAGAGAUGGCCAGUUGCUUGCAAUGGCGGCACGCACACGCAAAAGAUGCGCAGUCGCAGAAACACAGUUGUAACACAGGCUGAUUCUCAGGCCACUGGAAGCGACAACGACACCAGUACCGCCUUUUUGGCCAAGGGCGCCUCCUCGAUGGCCCUGGGAUUGGCUACUCACAUCAACGACGCGGGUGCUCGACACCAGUACAAGCGCAAGCAGCGCGAUAUUCAACACGAGCGCUCCUCAGACAACAACAGCAGCGACGACAGCGACGCCAACCACCGCUACUACGACUGCCGUGAUGCCAACAGCUCUGCUGCCGCGCAGAACGGCGAUUCAGCUGUUACAGCCACAGCCACAGGCUACCCUGAUCUUCUCAAAAGUGAGUCUGAGUCUGCAAAGCUUGAGGCAAUGCUGCACGCACAGCUGGGGUACAUUGCCAGCCAGGUCGACGUUCGCAAGGAGAAGCUUGAGCGGGUCAAGACCAAAAUUCGCCGUUUGCGCAUGGAAAAUGAUAUUCUGCUUGAUGCCCUGACGCACACUGGAUGAAAAUAGUAAAAUUUUUUUUGCGGUCUCUACCCCCAACAGAGCAAGGGACUGUGAGCUGCUCUGUUUCCUCCCAUUCGCCAUGCGCUGGCCUGUCCUGUUUUGUCUUGCCCUGGCCCGCGCUCAGCCAAACCCAGCUUCUGCUAUUUGUAUUUUCUCUUUCUUUUCUUCUGCGUUUCACUUUUCUGACUAUCUGACUUUAAU